CAAAACUGGGGACAUCUGUCGGAGGAGCAGCCUCGACGCUCGCGAUAACAGAGCUCCAGCUUCCUGCGCUCGGUCUACUUUGUCUUGUCUGCUCAAUUGAGAUCUAGCGUUUUGCAAUUAGCAGUCAUGAUUAACGCGGUGCUUAUCUUUAACAACUUUGGCGUCCCCCGUCUGGCCAAGUUCUACACUCCUCUGGACCUGCAAACACAACAAGUCCUGAUUUCGCAACUCUUCCAACUCCUCUCCUCGCGGCCAUCAACCCAAUGCAACUUCCUCACCCCACCCCCGAUGCUCUCCUCCGAGCUCGACGACAUCCGCGUGAUCUACCGCCACUACGCGACCCUCUACUUUGUCUUUGUCGUCGACGAGCAAGAAUCCGAGCUCGGCAUCCUCGACCUCAUUCAGGUCUUUGUCGAGUCCCUCGACCGAUGCUUCGAUAACGUCUGCGAACUCGACCUCGUCUUUGGAUGGGAGGUCCUCCAUGUUGUCUUGAACGAGAUCGUCCAGGGCGGAAUGGUCGUCGAGACGAAUAUCAGCGAUAUCGCGGCGGCGGUGGACGAGAUUGGAAAGUUGCAUGGAAACAAGAAGGGCUCGAUUGCGUCGACUACGCUCUCAUUGUCCUCUACUUCGAGCACAUUGAGUGCCAUCGCAAGAGAGACCAGGGCCGCUUGGAGCAACCGUUAGUCAAGCUCUUGUUAUUUCCUGUUUUCAUCUUUGGGUUUCAUCUUUUAUGUAACUGUUAUCUCUUGUUUGUUCGGCGUUGGUCUUUUCCAUCUAUAGAAUUGUGAAUUCAUGUUUAGCUUACCUUUAUCGACCCAGUGUACAAAGAAUACAAUCUCGCUUCAGA